AAAAUAAAAUUUGUAAACUGAAAUAAUUAAAACGCGUUUUACAAAUUUCUUUUUUUUUUUAACAAAUUUGAAUAUAUAUUUUUUACAUACCUACAUAAUAUAACGAGAGUCAAACGCUUCUGCGGAAUAAAAUAACAUAAAAACAAUGACGAAACAAACUUCAACAAAAAUUGGAGUUCGUCUACUUCAGAAUAGACGAUCAUCGUAUGGGAUUUCAGCAAUAGUCGCAAUCAGUACUAUUGCUUUAGUAUUUUUGGUACAAAAUUGUUCAGCUCGUGUUACCGGUCAAGUACCUGCACCAGUUCAAGCACCUACAACUCCAGCUAGUGCCAAAUCACCUGGAAAAAGAGUUAUGGAUCCAGCAUUUGCUAACGCUGGUAAAAACCCUGGUUUAGAAAUUUGGAGAAUUGAGAAUUUCCGCCCAGUCACAUAUUCAGAGAAGGAUUUCGGAAAAUUCUAUUCAGGAGAUUCAUACAUCGUUUUAAAUACAAAAAAAGAUAAAAAUAAUAAAUUCUCAUGGGAUGUUCAUUUUUGGUUGGGCUCACAAACAUCACAAGAUGAAGCUGGUGCUGCUGCAAUUUUAACUGUCCAAUUAGAUGAUCUCUUAAAUGAUGGUCCUGUACAACAUCGUGAAGUACAAGAUCAUGAAUCUUCUUUAUUUUUAAGUUAUUUUAAAAAUGGAAUUCGUUAUCUUGAUGGUGGUGUUGGUACUGGUUUUAAACAUGUUGAAACAAAUGCAGCUGGUGAAAAACGUUUAUUCCAAGUAAAAGGAAAAAAGAAUGUACGUGUACGUCAAGUUAAUUUAUCGGUAUCAUCAAUGAAUAAAGGUGAUUGCUUUAUAUUGGAUGCCGGAAAUGAUAUUUAUGUAUAUGUUGGUUCCGGUUCUAAACGUGUUGAAAAAUUAAAAGCAAUCAGUGCUGCUAAUCAAAUUAGAGAUCAAGAUCAUAAUGGUCGUGCUAAAGUUAAUAUUAUUGAUGAGUUUAGUACCGAUGGUGAUAAACAAGAAUUCUUUGAUAUUUUGGGAUCAGGUUCACCUGCAGAAGUACCAGCUGAAUCAACUGCUGAAGAAGAUGGUGCUUUCGAAACUGCUGAUGCAAAUAGUGUUACAUUAUAUAAAGUUAGCGAUCAAGCUGGCUCAUUGAAAAUUGAUACAAUUGCAACGAAACCAAUACGCCAAGAGAUGUUGGAUACAAAAGAUUGCUUUAUUUUAGAUACUGGAUCUGGUAUUUAUGUUUGGGUUGGGAAAGGUUCAACAAAACAAGAAAAAACUUCAGGAUUAUCAAAAGCGCAAGAAUUUAUUGCAACUAAAAAAUAUCCAGCUUGGACCCAAGUUCAUCGUAUUGUUGAAGGCGCUGAAUCGGCACCAUUUAAACAAUAUUUUGCGACAUGGAGAGAUGGUGGUAUGUCUCAUAGUCGUUUAAUUCGUUCAGCUCUUGGAUAUGAUUCUGAUGUAGAUGAUUCUGAAAUUGAUAUGACUCAGUGGGAUGCUUUGAAAAAGAGUGGUGGUCGUGCUAUUGGUUUUAUGCCAGACGAUGCACAAAAUCCAUUCAAAGAAAUUAUACAAUUUGUUUAUCGUCCAGAUUUAGAUGAAGUACAACACGGUGAAGUUUCAAUGGAAAAUGUUAAUACAAUACUUGGUUUUGGAUCAUAUGUCUAUCGAUAUGAAUAUUCCAAUAAAUAUGGAGAAUCUGGUACUAUUCUUUAUGUUUGGGAAGGUGAAAAGGCUCCAGAAAGCACCAAAGUUGCUGCUCUUAAUUAUGCUGAUGAUUUAAGUACCCAAUUAAAUGGUGCUAUGGUUGUAAGAAUUGUUCAGGGACAUGAACCACGUCAUUUCUUAAAAAUAUUCAAAGGUAAACUAUUAUCAACAAUUACUGGUGCUCCAACUGGCCCACAAUUAUUCCGUAUUCGUGGAACAUCACAAGAUGAUGUUCGUGCUAACGAAGUUAAAUUGGAUUCAAUUUCAUUGGCUUCUGAUGAUGUAUUUGCUUUGAUUUUGUCAGAUAAAUAUUUCAUUUGGAUUGGAUUGGGUGCAUCUGAAUUUGAAAGAACGAUGGCACAGGAAAGAAUUGCCGAAUUUUGGCCCGGAAAAGAAAUGGAAGUAAUCGAAGAAGGUGCUGAACCAGAUGAUUUCUGGGAACCAUUAAAUGGGGAAGGAGUUUAUGAUAGAACUGUUGGAAAUCCAGGAGCUCCGCUUUUAGAACCACGUCUAUUCCAUUGCAGAAUUUCAAGAAAUGGUCGCAUUAUGGUUGAAGAAGUAAGUGACUUUGAACAAGCUGAUUUAGAUGUUGAUGACGUUAUGAUUAUUGAUGGUGGCGAUGAACUUUAUUCGUGGGUCGGUGAAGGUACAACAUUACAAGAAAAUAAAGCAGCUUUUCAAAUGGCAAAGGAAUAUAUUCAUAAAGAUCCAUCACAUCGUGAUGCUGAAAAUAUUCCAAUUGUAAAAUUAUACCAGGGACAUGAACCAACAUGCUUUAAAAAAAUGUUUCCAUCUUGGGAUAAAAAUUAUUGGAAGCAUACAUUUCCACAUUUACAGCAUAUCAUUAAAAAAGGUAUUAAAAAUAUAAAAGAAUUCUUUACUCAUCAUAAUCAUCAUAAUCAUGAUGAAAGCAUUCAUCAUGAUAACAAUCAUCAUCAUCAUCACCAUCAUCACCAUCUUCAUCGUCAUGGUAAUCAAUCCGAUCAUGAAAAUGAAAUUUAAUAUCCAUAUGUAUGUAUGUACAAUUGUUACAUAAUGAU